GAGGAGGAGGGGAAGGCGAGGGGAGCUCUGGGCUCCCCCCGCCCGUGCUCAUUUCCUGGGUGGAGCUGGGCUAGGCAGAGCAAAACCCUUUAAAACCCUCCAGCCCCAGCUCGCGGCAGCCAGCAGGUCCCAGCAAGCGCCGAGGAGCCAAGCGGGGAGCGGGUGGAAUCCGUCCGGCUGGCCUGGCCCCUGGCCAGCCCUGAGCCCUCCGGGCCGGAGGCCAGGCUGAGCCCCGGAGCGGCUCCGUCUCGCCCGAGGAGUGGGCCGGCGCGUGGCCCAUGGCCCUGGCCGGCGGCCGGCGACGUCGCUGGGGUUCCCUCCGGCUGCUGCGGGCCGGGAUCCCCGGGGGCAGGAGCUAGGCCGACUCGGGCAGGAAGCUGCUUGUCGCCGCAGGGGCCCCCCUCGCCCGCCAUGGGGCAGGCCAUGGGGCCGCUCUUCCUCUUCCUGCUGGCCCUGCUGCGGCUCUGGGCGAGCCAGGCCCUGUCCACCUGCAAGACCAUCGACAUGGAGCUGGUGAAGAGGAAGCGGAUCGAGGCGAUCCGCGGGCAGAUUCUCAGCAAGCUGCGGCUGGACAGCCCGCCCCAGGUGGAGGGGGGGGACGCCGCCCUGCUCCGCCUGCCCGAGGAGGUGAUGUCGCUCUACAACAGCACCCGCGACAUGGUGCGGGACAUGGUCCGCCAGCAGGAGGCGGGCAAGCCGCGCGAGAGCCCCCAGGACGAGUACUACGCCAAGGAGGUGCACAAGUUCUCCAUGCUGCCGGUGAAAGACGCCAGGUACGCGACCUGGGAGAAGACCAGCCAAAGCACCUUCUUCCUGUUCAAUGCCUCGCAGGUGCGGGCGCAGAUCAGCAGCGAGGCCCUGCUGCACCGGGCCGAGCUGCGCAUGCUGCCGAAGCCGGGCACGGAGCAGCGGGUGGAGCUGUACCAGCACUACGGGAACGGGUCCUGGCGCUACCUGGACAGUCGUGCCGUGGGGCAGGUGCCUGAGGAGUGGCUGGCCUUCGACGUCACCGAGGUGGUUCGCCAGUGGCUGAGUGGCCAAGAGACUCUGGAGAUCUUUAAACUCCGCGUUCACUGCUCCUGUGAGGACACCUGCGAGGAACUGAUAGUGAACAUAGACGGCUUCGAGAAGAAGCGGGGGGACCUGGGCACCGUCUCCUCCACGGUCCAGAAGCUGCCCUACGUGCUGGUGAUGUCCACGCCCCUGGAGCGCGCCAGCCACCUGCAGAGCUCGCGCCGGCGACGGGCGCUGGACACUGACUACUGUUUCGGGACGGAGGAGAAGAAUUGCUGCGUGCGGCCCCUUUUCAUCGACUUCCGCAAGGACCUGCACUGGAAGUGGAUCCACGAGCCCAAGGGCUACAUGGCCAACUUCUGCAUGGGCCCCUGCCCCUACGUCUGGAGCGCCGACACCCAGUACAGCAAGGUCCUGGCCUUGUACAACCAGCACAACCCGAGCGCCUCGGCCGCGCCCUGCUGCGUCCCCCAGGCCCUGGCGCCCCUGCCCAUCGUCUACUACGUGGGGCGGAAGCCGAAGGUGGAGCAGCUCUCCAACAUGAUCGUCAGCUCCUGCAAGUGCAGCUGAUCGCCCGGGACACACGGACCCCCCCCCCAGGAACGGGGCGGGGGGGGAAAUGGGGGGUUGAGACGCGUUAAGAGUUUUUGUUAUUAUUAUUAUUAAUUUUUUGUUUUUGUUUUUUGUAAAUUUCCUUGGUGUUUUUGGGUGAAAAUUUUGAAUUAUUUGUAA